UAGUUUGCUGCUGACAAGGACGUCCAAGGUCGUCGAGUUCGAACCAAGAUGGCGGCAGAAAACAUUGCAGUGCGAUGAGAUAUUCUUUCGUCGUGAAAUAUACUACUUGUUCUAAGAUCCCGCCUGUACACCUAGUACCUGUUGAUGAAUUAGAAUAUAAAUAGAUUGCUCACAAGGACGUCCAAGGUCGCAGAAUUCGAACCAAGAUGGCGGCGGAGGUGGCGCCAGCCCGCACGGCGCUGUCCACCCGGAGUAAGUCGGACACGUCCGUGAACGACAGUGACCGGAGAGACUCGGUAAAGUCGGACACCUCCUCCUCCAUGGGGAGUCGCCGCGCGCCCCGGCCGCCGAUAGACAGGACGGCCCGCAGACGGAGUGUGGCCGUCAUGGACCUGGGAACACAGGCGAGGAAACCCGGACAGGCCUUUAAGGCGACUCUGGGCGGGAGCCUGCUGGCCUCACGUCGGGGAACAGCUGCCUUCAGGAGCAUGUUCCUGCCCAAACUGGACGCCGAACCGGAGGAACCUAAAAUACCGGACAUGGUCCCGUCCCGAGUGAAGGAGCUGCUGAGGAAACCGUCCAAAGACCGGACAGAGGAAGAGGCAGAGACGAUCGUGCGCACGAUGCAGAAGAUGCCCGACUUCGCGCUCUUCCCGUUCGAGAUCCAGAAACAGCUGUGCCAGGUGGCCUGGUACGACAGUUUCGGGACGGGCCGUGUGAUAAUCCGGGAGGGUCAUGCCGCGGACGGGUUCUACUUCGUCCUGUCGGGAAGACUUGUGGAGAGCUACGCUGCUGAAGACGAGGCCAACACGGUCCUUCGACAUGGGAUGAAGUUUGGGGAACGAGAGUUGCUGACGAGAACCAAGCGGAGGUCAACAGUACUGACUCAGGAGAGGACGGAGCUGUUCUGUGUGCAUGCGCAGGAUUACGAUAGAAUAUUCAACCUACAAGAGGACAGGGAGACCGCAAAUUUAAACGUCUGUAGACCGGGUUUCGUGAUAGUACCAGACAGUAGACGGUGCGACUGGAUCUACGUGGUCAAAACGGGCCAGUGUAAGGUGCUGAAGAGACUGACGCCAAACGAGGGUUGGACGGUGGACCGGCGGGAGGAGAACCGCCUCCUGCACAGCCGGGAGAUGAGACGGACGCACCAGGAGCGGAAGGAACUCUUCACAGCGCAGGGCGACAGGGACAAAGAUAACCGCGCGUUGAUCAGCGUGUUAUGGCGGAACGUGUCCACGCCGCGAGCGCCGAUCUCCGGGGUGCAGAGUUCACGGCUGGACAGCAGACAUGGCGACAGGGAAAAGGGUCCGUCCCGGAUGCAGCUCGGGUCGCGGAUAUUCGACCCGGACCCCGCAAAACCUGUUUUCGUGGUGCUGGACGUGCUGGGACCUGGACAGAGCUUCGGUUUUCGGUCGGUUCUACCCUCGUCGGAGAGAGGCGCCACAGUGAGUUUGGUCAGCAACUCUGCCGAAGUGAUCCAGAUUAAGAAGAAGUUCUUCCUGAAGUACGCGGACGAAACCGUCUUAAGUCUCAUCAAAAUGAAGUACUCGCAGUACCCGUCGCAGGAGGACGUGUUGGAGAGUCUGUGGAAGGAGCACCAAUGGGAGGACUUCAAGCGUGACGCGCUGCACCGCGCGGUUAGCAGUGUCACCUCGCGACAGGCCGCGGCACUGCAGAGACCCAAGACCACCAAAACAAACUGAGUUUAUAGCUUCCAUCCGCCUUUCUACGGGAAUACAGAUCGUAGAAUUCGACAAAAAAGAGA